AAAGUGAGCUCUCUCUUCACAUCCCCACAUAUCUAUCUUCUAUCUACGUUUCGCUCCCUUCUCUCUAAGUAACAGUCGUUUUGGGUCCAUCAACCAACCCCAAAAAAAAAACAAAAAAACAAAAAAACAAAAACAAAACCAAAACCUGCCCAUCAUCGGUUGUUACACAGAGAAGCUAAAUAAUAAGAACAAUAAUUUUGAUACAUAAAUAUUGAAAUCAUGGGGUUUCUUCAUAAGCUCUGGGACGAAACGCUUGCCGGGCCUGCUCCGGAAACGGGGCUUGGCAAACUAAGGAAGUACGAUUCAUUUUCCGGGACAAGAUCUCCACAUUCACCGGCUGUUAAUGGAGCCGAUGAUGUUGCGGUCACUAGGAGUAUUACGAUUCUUAGAAGUAACUCUAAUUUUAGAAGCUUAUCCUUGGAUCCUGGUUCUGCUCCGGAGUCUCCUGCUGGGCCUGACACCCCCAGAACUCCCAAGACACCGGGAACACCGGGCGGGGAUUUCAAGAAAUUUACGAGAAGAAAACUAUCAACAGUGGCAUUAGAACGUGAUGCUGAUGAGCCUAGAAGUCCGACAGUUUACGAUUGGAUCGUGAUAAGUGCUUUGGAUCGUUGAGGAGAGUUAAAAAUGGCGAUUUUGCAAGAAAGAAUCGGCAG